CUAUCAUAUCCCUCUGUGUGACUCCUGGGCUUGAAGUGCAGGAAGAUGACUGGCAAACUGUCGCAGCUGGAAAGCAGCAUAGAAACCAUCAUCAAUAUCUUCCACCAGUAUUCUAUACGGCUGCAGGACCGGGAUGCCCUGAACAAGAAAGAAUUCAAACAGCUGGUGACAAAAGAGCUGCCAAACUUUCUCAAGAAUGAAAAGAAGGAUGACAAAGCCAUAAACGACAUCAUGGAGGACCUGGACACAGAUGUAGACGGGCAGCUGGACUUCCAGGAGUUCUCCGUGCUGGUGGGCAAGCUGACGGAAGCCUCCCACGAGGAGAUGCACAGGACGGCGGACCCAGGAGUAGUAGGCCACAGUCACGGGCCAGGCUUCGGGAAGGGUUGUUCAGGCCCAUCAUCCAGCAAGGGUGACCAAAGCCACGACCAUGGAGGCCACGGCCACAGCCAUGGCAAUCAUGGCCACAGCCACUAAUCAGGUCAGGCCACCGGCCCCUGCCCACCUAGGGCUAUGGGGCUGCCUUAGCUGCAGGGCAGGGAGAUGGGGGUGAAAUAAAGUCU